CGCCUGUGAUGUGGGGUCUGUGGCGUGGCGUAGCACAUUUCGACGCAUGCGAGAAAGAACCCGCUCAUCCACCAACCCCCAAUUCGACAACCCCUGGGGAGAAAACUAGUUCACACAACACAUUCCACAGUCCACCCGUACAGAAUCGCCCCUUUGGCAACCUCACUCCUUCUCACAACACACCCAACCAAACGCAUAGCAAGCAAACAUGGGUCUCGGUGGCGGCAACAAGUCCAAAGGCAAGAAACCCGCCCGUGGCGGUGCCAAGCAGUUCACCCCCGCCCGAGUCCUCCGCGGCCAAGGCGACGUCUGGGACCAACCCCGCGAAGAGAAACCCGAAGGCGAGGUGUCCGGGUCCGAGGAAGAAUCCAGCGAAGAGGAAGAGUCGUCCUCAGAAGACGAGACACAACAGGACCUGCCACCACCUGCAAUCGCAUUCAACCCCAAACUCGGAAAUUCCGCGCCUGUCGAGGCUCCAGGAGACGCUGCGGCCCGGAAGAAGAAGGCUGCAGCGGCAGCGGCGAGACGCAAGGCGGGCAGUGAUGACGAGGACGAGCAGAUCGCCAACCCGAACAGGGCAGCCAAGCAGCACUUGAAGGCUAGUGAUCUGGGAGCCUCGGGGGGAGGUGAACGGGAGCUGAGCAGGAGGGAGAGGGAGGCGCUGGAGAAGGAGCGGGCGAAGGCGGCGUUCUGGAAGGCGCAGGCGGAGGGAAAGACCGACCAGGCUCGUGCCGAUAUGGCGAGGUUGGCUAUAAUCAGGAAACAAAGGGAGGAGGCCGCCAAGAGGAAGGCCGAGGAGGCUGCAGCUAAAGGCAAAGCCACCGGCUCCAAAGCAGAAUCUCUCAACGCCGGCAAAGGGAUUAUCUCCAAAACCCUCGGAAAGAACAAGAAAUAGGAGUUUCGUGUAUGUAGUGUAUCUUAAUUUACUGCCGUUUGCUUGCAUGUCAGUUGUACUACAGCUCUAUAGACCGCACUCUUGUACAUAAAGCAAUCCCUGGUCCACCCGUGAUUAUCACUGCGGACCACU